AGAGGGUGGAGGGGCGGUGAUUUAGUUUGCAAGCUAACUUCUCUGCGUGAGAAGAGGCGGACAGAUAAAUCAAAGCAAAUACAUUGGUGUAUAUAGUUCUAAUAGAGACUGAAUCUGCAGCUUUGGUUUUUGGUCGCUACAGUGCGUGAGGAUGCUUAAGAUGGGAACCCGGGCUUUGGCACUUUUCUCUGGGAUUUGGCUAGCCACAUUGUUGCUGGCGAUAAACUGCGAGGAGCGUUCGACACCCGAAGGCAAUCUUCUAGUUUUGACCGUGGCCACGAAAGAGACAGAUGGCUUCAGGCGGUUUUUACGUUCUGCCGAGCAUUUCAACUACACUAUCAAGGUGUUGGGAAGGGGUGAGAAAUGGAGAGGUGGGGACUACAUGACCGCCCCCGGAGGGGGGCAGAAAGUGCGGCUGCUCAAAUCUGCCCUGGAAGAGAUUAAGGAUGCGAAGAAGGUCGUCCUGUUCAUCGACAGCUACGAUGUGGUCUUCGCUUCGGGUCCCAAGGAGCUACUGAAGAAGUUCAAGCAGGCGAGGCACAAGGUGGUCUUCUCUGCAGAGACCCUAAUCUGGCCUGACCGGCACCUGGAGGACAAACACCCGCACGUCAGGGAGGGCAAGAGGUUCCUGGGCUCCGGAGGGAUCAUUGGUUACGCACCGAACCUCAAAGAGAUGGUGGCGGACUGGACGGGAAAAGACGACGAUAGCGAUCAGCUUUUCUACACUAAGAUUUAUAUCGAAACAGAAAAAAGGAAAUCUAUAAAUAUAUCUUUGGACAACAAGUGUAGAUUGUUUCAGAAUCUUCAUGGAGCUAUAGAUGAGGUGGUUCUGAAGUUUGAGGACGGAAGGGUUCGGGCCAGGAAUGUACUGUAUGAUACUCUCCCGGUUAUUAUUCAUGGAAAUGGACCCACCAAGCUGCAGAUAAACUACCUUGGUAAUUACAUUCCCAGGGUGUGGACAUUUGAAACAGGCUGCACUGUGUGUGAAAUGGACUUGAGACCACUCUCUGAGCUAAAGGAGAGCGACUACCCCCUGGUUGUCAUCGGGAUCUUCAUCCAGCAGCAGACCCCGUUCGUUUCUGCCUUCUUCGAGCGUCUGCUGAACAUGAAAUACCCGAAAGACAAACUCAAGCUCUUCAUUUACAAUCAGGAACCACACCACAAGAAACAUGUCAGCACUUUCCUAGAGCGUCAUGGGAAGGAGUACCAGGCGGUGAAAGUGAUUGGUCCAGAGGAGGAGAUGGAUAGCACGACAUCACGCAAUCUAGGCUUAGAUGUUUGCCGUCAGGACGGCGAGUGUGAAUAUUUCUUCAGUAUAGAUGUGGAAGUGGUCCUGAAGAAUGCCGACACCCUCAAAAUCCUCAUCGAGCAGAACCGACCCGUAAUCGCUCCGAUGAUCACGCGGGUAGGCAAGCUGUGGUCUAACUUCUGGGGCGCGCUCAGUGCGGACGGAUACUACGCCAGGUCCGAGGACUACGUGGACAUUGUGUUGGGGCGCAGGGUUGGUGUCUGGAACGUUCCCUACAUAUCCAGUGUAUACUUGGUGAAGGGCAGCGUCUUGAGGAAUGAACUCUCUGGGAACAACUACUUUUUAUCCAACAACUUGGAUUCCGACAUGACCUUCUGCCACAAACUCAGGAACCUGGGUGUCUUCAUGUUUGUUACCAACAGGCACGAAUUUGGACGCGUGGUGUCAACUGAAAACUAUGUGACCACACACCUGCACAAUGACCUCUGGCAAAUCUUUGAGAACCCAGUGGACUGGGGAGAGCGAUACAUUCAUCCAAAUUACAGCCGAAUAAUGAAAGACAAUUUCAUAGAAACUCCUUGCCCUGAUGUGUACUGGUUUCCUAUCUUCACGGACGUUGGCUGUGACCACCUCGUUGAAGAGAUGGAGCACUUUGGCCAGUGGUCAGGAGGGCGAAAUACGGACAAACGUAUCCAAGGGGGAUAUGAAAAUGUUCCCACCAUUGACAUCCACAUGAAUCAAGUUGGCUUCGAGAGAGAGUGGCAGAAGUUCUUGUUGGAUUACAUUGCACCCAUCACAGAGAAAUUGUACCCUGGAUAUUACACCAAGGCUCAGUUUGACUUGGCGUUUGUGGUUCGGUAUAAACCCGACGAGCAGCCAUUUUUAAGGCCUCACCACGACGCAUCCACAUUCACUGUAAAUAUCGCACUCAACCAGCUGGGGAUCGAUUACGAGGGCGGAGGGUGCCGGUUUCUCAGAUAUAACUGUUCAGUCGAUGCUCCACGCAAAGGAUGGUCCCUCAUGCACCCAGGACGUCUCACACACUACCACGAGGGGCUUCCCACCACCGGGGGGGUCCGCUACAUCUCUGUGUCCUUUGUGGACCCCUGAGACACCUGUGCCUUUUUCAUUCUUCUUUCCUCUUAUUUUAACCACGUUGGCUUUUGGUAGCGAUACAGAACGAACUCGGGCCGAGUUCUGCCUUAAACCAGAAAUAUCCAACUAAAGACUUGAAAGGGGGGGGAGGGGGUGGGCUUAAUGACUGUCUGGAAAAUCAGUCCUCCAGAAAUUAGGCAGUUAGCCUGUUUUGAUGAAAAAAAGUGCCUUUAUUCAAUCAGUGAAUUUUUUUAAAUGUUGGUCUCUUUAAAAAGAAAUUGGUACUUGGAAUUUAUGUGUUUGCUCUCAUUUGUAUUGACACUCCAAAUUCAGUUGCUGUUGAGGAUUGAUAUUAUGCAAUUCCCAUAUGAGCAUAGGCAGUGGUGGUGAUAUUUAUUCAUUUUAAAAUUAUGUAACCUCACGCGAGUCACAAAGAACAAAGCUUGGAUGUAGGAUUUGGUAAUGAGUUGUUUGUAAAAGAGAAUUUUACUGUUUUAUGGUGACAAUGCGUUCCGUUCAUAGCAGCGCAUUGUUCGUUUUAAUGGCGGUUUAUUAUAAUGACCUCCAAAAAUGUCAUUGUUUUAAAUGUUUGGCGGAUCAUUGUUUUUUUUGUGCCGUAAUUUUGGAACUAAAAAUUACUGUUUUAUGCCCAUUGACUUCAUGCAACCAACUAUGGAAAAAUUAUUCCAUUAUUAGUAAAAACCAAAUUAUAGUUUGUCUUUUCUUUUCACUGUUUUGGACUAAUGUCAAUUAAAACAAAAAGGAAAACACAAAA